CUGGCGAUUGGAGACGCUUCAUGCUGAGCAGCAAAAUGGCCGCCCGUCCACAGACUUGACUCCACAGCGCUUUGAACAUUUCUGCAAAUUUUGCUUGACUCCGCAGCAACCUUUAGUACUUCUAUACUAGCCAGUAGCGUGUUGCGAGUGCAUUUUCAUUGUGUUUCACUUACUUGACUCUCUGCUCAGGCGCCGCUGUUCUUGGAGCUUCGACGAAUGCCUCAAAAAGCUAAAAAAAAAAAUCCCGCACUGAAGCACUUUAGCUAGCCAGCGAGCUAGCUCUUCUUCAUAUGUGAUUUCUGAGAAGAAAGCAGUAUCAGGACUGGAGCAGUAGUUCAUGGAAGACAAGAAAAGGAAAAAAGAAGAAAAAAGGAAAAGGGAAGCCUCUCAGAAGGGCACAGAACAAAAGAACAAAGACUUGACCAAGCAGGUGCCUGCCCAGCCUCCUGCAACUCAGAGCAGCUCAGCCAACCCCAGCCCUGGACCCACCCCCUCUGCUUCCCCGUCCCCAGCCACCUCAGGCCCUGGCAGUGCUGCCACCCAGUCACAGGGUGGUAACAAUGCCAAGCGCCUUGCAGUGGCCAACGGACAGCCCACCUCCAACCCCGGUUCUUCCUCCAACACAGGCAGCACAAGUGUUACUGGGAACGGGAAUGUAAGUAGCGGAGGUGCGACCCAGGCACCUCAGCAGCAACCUCGCUAUAUGCCAAGAGAAGUGCCGCCACGAUUCCGCUGCCAGCAGGACCAUAAAGUGCUACUGAAAAGGGGUCAGCCGCCACUGUCCUCUAUGCUGCUGGGAGGGGGUGGAGGAGGAGAAGGCCCAAAUGCAAACAUAGCUGCUGUCUCAGAGUCUGGUACAGCUACCUCCUCAUUGGCUCUCACCUCAUCAGUUGCUGCUUCAACCACUACUUCUAAUUAUGCAAAUUCCAUGUGGGGGGCAAGUUUAGGCAUCCAGGCCUCCUCUCAGGGCAGGGAGAAGGUGAUUGUAGAUGGGAAUGACCUGGAAGAGUGGCCCAGUAUCGCUGGCAAUGAUGGAGGAGGAGGAGCUUCUCUUACUGUGGCUGGAGUAGGCAACAACAACAACAACGGAAUGCCUGUGAACAGCACUAGUGCCUCUGGCAACCAAUCCUCAUCCACUUCCUUGUUCUCUUUGCCCAAUGAAUGUAUGCAGUCGUCCAGUAGUGUGGCAUGGGGGACGACUGCCUCCCAGGGCCAUCUUGGAGGAGGAAAUGCAGUAGUUACAACCGGGCCUGUGUUACAACAGUCCUCCUCACUUUCCAAAGCCUCUGCUGUGCCAAGAAGCCAUGAUGCCAGUGGCCUCGUUGAAGUCAACAGCAGAAUUCCAGGUGCCAACUUUAAUCCAAAUGCCAAUCCUUCGGCCUGGCCUGCCCUGGUGCAACAGGAUGGGCCUGCUGUUGCAGGUGAAGGAGGUUCGCCUUCCUUCCAUCACCAAGACCCUGAAGGGACUUUAUCUGCCAACAAUUCUGCUUCCGUAGGGCUAAAGGCUGGGUCGGUUGGGGUGCUUGGAGGCCACCAAACUUUGUCUGUGAAUCAAUCAAGCACCAAUCAGCACCAACUUCACCAAAUGCAAUCCAGAGACAGAGAGUUGGGAGGGAGUAAGUGGGACAGCGAAUCAGCGGGACCAAAAAUUGCGGGAGAGGAAGGGGUUGUGGCAGGAAUCGGAGGUGCUGGGAUAAAUGUUGGAGACCACAAUCAUGCUUCCUCAUGGAGGGGCCAGUCCUCUUACCCUGCAUCUAAUUCCAAAACGGGUGCCUCAAGGACUGAUGGAUGGGAGGGUGGCAUGGGAUACAGAGCUGCUGAGGGGGAUAAUGGGACUUCAAAUUGGGGUUUUCCAGGGUCCUCUCGUGGGGCUAAUGCGUGGGGUAGUGCUGGAACUGGGGGAAACGAUAGUCAAACUGUGGUAUCUCAGGGAGGGUGGGGGACAUCAGGAGUAGCAAGGGAGAAAGGGAUGUCUAGUGUUGAAUGGGGUGAGAGUUCUUCUGCUACUGGUGGAGCAAAUCCUGGAAGAGAAGUCACAGGAGGUGCCAGCAGCAGUAACAGCAGCAGCAGUGGAUGCAGCACAGCUGGCAAUCCUGUCACCUCAGCAUCUACUGCUACGAACAGAGCUUGGGACAAUCAGAAGGGGGAGGUUGAAACGGGGGAGUGGAGUGAGGGAGGAGCACAGGGAGGAUCCAGUGGUGGCAAUUCUAGAAGUGAAAGGGAAUCUUACGGCAAUCGUCAUCGACAUCAGCCACCUGAUACUGAAGCUGCCUUAGAGAACCUUCUAAGCCGGUCUGAUCUUGAUCCACGAGUCCUAUCAAACACAGGCUGGGGCCAAACGCAGAUCCGGCAAAACACAACUUGGGAUAUUGAUCAAGUGGAACAUAAUAAGAGUGCACUUUCAUCAGCUUCGUCAAAACACCCAGCUUCUCUGGGAAAUUCUUCGCAGUAUUCCUCUGGCUCGAGAGCCUUAAUUGGUGAUUCUAAUGGUCCAGGUGUUAUUCCUCCUUUGGUUUCAUCUGGUGGCUCCUCUGGAGAGGGCUGGGAGACCAGCAGCAGCAGUAGCAGCAGCGGUGGGGCCUCCUUAUCUGGGAGAGGUCCACCUCCUUCAGGCCCCAACAUAAGUAACCUUGGCGUUGCGCAAUCUAGUCCAGUAAGUGUAACAUGUGCAGGUGUUGGGUCAGGAUCACUAGGACAUAACCAGCAAGGGAAGGCUUCAGGCUGGGGUGGAGGAGGAAUGGGGGCUGUGGAUAAUCAGGAAGCCAAAGGUUGGGGUAAUGAGGAAUGGAGAACCAAUAGAGGAAAUGGAGGCAGCUGGGGUGGUCCUGGGCAACAAGGCCACCCUGUGAGUGCAGGCUGGGGAGGGAAUGAAGAUAGAGGAGCAGGUGGGUGGAAUGAAAUGGGUGGGGAAGGACAAGGAAGUGGGUGGGGGUCAGGGCAGAAGGUUGGUUCGGGUAGGAACUGGGGUGAAAAAGAGUCCAAAUCAAAUAGCAACAGGGGAGGAUGGGAAGAUGAACCGAAGAACAGAGGAGGGAACUCAGGUGGGGAUUCAGGGGUGGGUGGUUGGGGAAGCUGGGAAGAGGAUGCUCCACGGAGAACCUGGGGUGCAGGGGGUGGAGCAGGCUCAAUCGGUACUGGGUCCAAAUCCCAUCAAAGUUGGAGUGGAGGAAAUAAAAUGAUGCCAAACAGCCAUUCUGGCUCCAUCACAGGCCUACAGGCACAACUGCAACAGCAACAAUCACAAGCCCGCAAUCAGCCUACGCAGCUGCAGCAAGCAUUGGACCAAGGGGCUAUGCAACGGGGUGGUGGGAGAAAACCAGUCUCCCAAGUCCAGAACCAAAGCUCAGGCUGGACCUCAGGGCCCAUCCCUGCUGGUCAUGGAUUAGGUGGAAGUGGAUCGGAACCAAGUGGUUGGGAGGAACCCUCACCACAGUCGUUAAGCAGGAAAAAUGAGAUAGAUGAUGGAACAUCAGCAUGGGGUGACCCAAACCAUUACAACUACAAGCCGGUUAACCUGUGGGAUAAGAACAGUACUCCUGCUGGUCAGCAACCACACGAUUUGGGACAAACUCAACAGCAACAGCAAGGACCUCCAGUACAGCAACAGCAAAGACCUGUACAGCAACAUCAAGGACCUCCAGUACAGCAACCGCAAGGACAUCCAGUACAACAGCUGAGUAGACCGGCUACAGGACUUGGAGGCAGCAGAGACUUCAACACUGGACAUGGACAAGGAAAAACUGCUGCUGCAAUGGGCCCGUCGGGUUGGGGUGGUACACCUCCAGCUAGUCCCGCUGUUGACAAUGGCACAGAUGCUUGGGGUAAACCUACUGAUGCCCCUUCUGGCUGGGGCGACCCUAAUGAUGCAGGGGGGAAAACAGGCUGGGGGAACCCCUCUCUCAAUCCCAUCAAAUCUGCGUCAAAGUCUAUGCAAGACGGUUGGGGUGACAAAGAGGGCUCUGUGACGGCUUCACGUCACUCCAGCUGGGAGGAAGAGGAGGAGGGCGGGAGCAUGUGGAACAGCACCGGCUCCCAGGGCAGUGGGUCGUCUUGGGGACAGGGUAGCAAUGGAGGCUGGGGGCAGAGCCACACUGUCAAAAAGCCUAGCAACAAGGGUCCACUAAAAGUUGGCGGGGGAGAUUCCUGGAUGAGCCCCAUCAACAGACAAUAUUCCAAUAUGGGGCUUCUGAAUGAUGAUCCUAGUGGUUCAAACAUUGACCUGGCUCCAGGUUCCCUCCAGGAGAAAAAGAUGGAUAUGGAGAAAAGAACCUUGGGAAUGAUGGAUUACAAUGGAGACAUGAGGAAAGGAGGAAGAGGGGGUGGGAACAUGGCUUAUCGUUCACCUGUUUCCAAAGAGGCAGCACCUGGGGAUGCUGUUUCUUUCUAUGACAAGGGUGGCCACAGUCUCCUUGGUAGUAGUGGAGGGAUGUCUCAGACCAGACACCAGCCCAAUGUUCCUCCCAUAAACCAGUCCCCAGGGAUACGAGCACAAGUGCCUCAUCAGUUCCUGUCACCACAGAUGCCAGGGUCCUUGCUGAAGCAGAUGCCCCCUCCUAGCAGUAACGUCGGGGGUGUUGGUGGUGUGGGAGGAGUGGCGGGAGUUGGUGGUGGAGUCUUUCCACCACAGCUGUCCCCCCAGCAUAUUGCCAUGCUCAGCAGCAUCUACCCACCGCACAUCCAGUUUCAAUUGGCAUGUCAGCUCCUCCUCCAACAGCAACAACAGCCACAGCAGCAGCAGCAGCAGCUGUUGCAAAACCAGAGGAAGUUCCCACCAAAUGUGCGGCAGCAAGGUGACCCCCAACAGCUGGCCAGAAUCAUGGCAGUGCUCCAGCAACAGCGCCAGCAGCAACAGGUCGGGAGCUUAGGUGGUAGUGUCAAACUUUCUCCCUCCCACCAUGGUGGAAACGGUGCCAAAUUACCCGGGGUCGACUCCUUUCCCUACCAAAGCCUGGCAGGGUGUGUGGCUGACCUCCACCAGAAAACACAUGGACCCUAUGCUAGCUUUAGUUCUGGUGUGAACCUCGCAGGUCUGGACCCGAGUGGCUCUGUGGUUGGGGGGCCUGGAGGAAUGAAGGACAUGGGGGGUCAACAGUCUCGUUUCAAAUGGAUGAUGGAGGGACACUCUUCUCCUGACACCUCCUCAUCUGAAAAUGCAUUCCUCAAAAAUGGCCCUGUGACCCCCAUGAAGAUGCCGGGGGGCUCUCCCUACUUGCAUUAUGACAUGGUUGUUGGAGACCCACAGGGUAACGCUAACUGGCAUCGCACGCCUGGCAACAAGAUGAGUACCAAGCCGACCACCACACCCAGCUGGCCCCCCGAAUUUCAACCUGGUGUUCCCUGGAAGGGAAUAGAUCGUGUUGACCCCGAAUCUGACCCCUACAUGACCCCAGGAAGCAUGAUGGGAAACACUGUGUCUCCCGGCCUCAAUGACACUGAGCACCAGUUGUUACAAGACAAUACUGAUUCCAUUCCCCCCCUCAACACCUUACUGCCUUCACCUGGUGCCUGGCCCUACAGUGCCUCAGAUCCCCUCAACAACGCACACAACUCAGCAAAGUACACAGACUAUAAGACUGGGUGGCCUCCCGAGCCCAUUGGCCACAAGUCCUGGAAAGCCAGUCGUGGCAGCAGCCAGUCACAGCUGUCCCGCUUACCUCCAGGCUUAGCCAGUCAAAAGCAGCUUUCGCCUACCCCAUGGUCAGGCAACGUACCCCGACUGGCAAGUAGAGGCUGGGGCAGCGGUUCGGGCACUACUGCUGUAGGCUCGGCCUGGAGUGACGGCAGUUCUCGGGAAAGCUGCUGGUUGGUGCUCAGUAAUCUAACACCACAGAUUGAUGGCUCUACGCUUAGAACCAUAUGCAUGCAGCAUGGUCCCCUGCUAACCUUUCACCUUGGCCUGACCCAGGGCACUGCUCUCAUCCGCUACGGCUCCAAACAAGAAGCAGCCAAGGCCCAGAGCGCCCUCCACAUGUGUGUUCUCGGCAACACCACCAUUUUGGCGGAGUUUGUGAGUGAAGAGGAUGUGGCCCGCUACAUUGCACAUUCCCAGGCUGCAGGGUCAGGGAACGGAGGCACCACACCUACAUCAUCAUCUACGGUGGGCACUAAUGGUAGCGGGACCACCUGCGAGCUGGGUGGAGCAGUGGGCAGCAGCAGCAACGGAGGAGGAGGAAUUGGUGGAGAGGGAGGCUCCACGCAGGGAACUGCACUACCAGGGGCAGCUGGGCAUUCCGAAUCCACUUGGCAGAGUCUGGACAGCACCAGCCGCUCAUCGGACCAGUCCGCCCCACCGGCACCCGGCCUAGGCAUUUUCACCCAGUGGAGCACCAACAGUGGCGGGGUGGGUGGAACUGCAGAUGUGGAGGCAGGAAGGCAGGGUCUCUGGGGUGGUAUGAGUGGGGCGGGGUACCCUGGCAGUAGUCUCUGGGGUUCACCAGCACUUGAAGAUCGUCAUCAGAUGGGCAGCCCGGCCUCACUGCUGCCGGGAGACCUCCUUGGCGGGGGUGGCGACUGACACGCAAUCAUGUUGAAAGUCACAUGUCACGCUCUAUUUAUUUACAUGUAAAAUGAUGUGAAUGGAAGCUACACUGGUCACCCGACAUGCAAUACAUUGCUCAUACCUUGUGUUUCCUACAUGUAAUCAUCAACCUUAAAUGAAGAUCACAGUGAAACUUGAACAGAAGACUGAACUGAGUUCCAAUUCUGUUUUUUUUACUCCACAUCUCAUCGUGUUACUUUCAGAGACGCCAUCACUCAGGCAUGUACUGCAAACGGGCUCAACCCAGUUAACUCUUUGCUCUUCUUCCCCCGCCUUCCGCACGUCUCCCACCUUAUAUUUCAAGUCAAAUGUCAGCAUUCAGACUUGCAGAUUGAGCCUUCUCAGACCUGACAUGCUUCUCUCCUUCGUUCUCAUGUUUGGGGGGAAAACUUGGAAGCGACAAAAGGAUCCGUUGCAAAUGGGGGACAGCGUCUCCUGUCGGGGUCAAUCGGACCAGUGGCGAAAAAGGAGCACUUCUACUCGGUACUGACACCUACCUUGGUGGAUCAACAUGGGGCCCAGGGUUAAAACAUUAACAUUAGCCAAACUUGCACUAUAUGCCUCUGGGUUUGUCGUCGACAUAUCUGACACAAUCCCUCCUCAAGUCCACACCAACCUUACAAGACUUCUUCUAAUGUUACAUCAGCAGUGGCCUUGGCCCACCUGCCCUCACACACAGACACACCAGUUACACAUUGCUCUUACAUUUGACAAGCAAAACUCUUCAUCUCCUUGCGGAUGUAAAGAGUGGGCUCUGAAGAGAACUGUGAAACUUUAUAGAGAUACAUUUUUGUUCCCCAUUCAAACACUGACCUCGCUAUUGUAUUAUUAUUUUUUUCUUACACAAGAAAUCAACUUAUUCUAUAUUGUCCUGUUAUGAUCACUUAUCUACUCGCUGUUCAAGGUGCCCUGCCCAUGUGUGUGUGCAUGACAGGAGUGUUGACGGUAUGACCGAGUGGAAGAUGGAAGGAAAGCGAUAUCAGGAGUGUAUGUUGUUGCUACAAUGGUGAAUGUUUUUCCUGUUUUUUGUUUUUUUGGUCCAUGAGAGAUUAAUCGGUGUGUGUGCGCGCGCACUUAUCUGCUUCAGUCAGGGACGUGAAUAGAUGUUUAUCUGACAGCUUGGCUUUUUCAGUAUGUUUGUGUGAGUGAUUGUGUGUGUUCGACCACCAGACAUUGUGAUAGCUAAAAAGUUCAAAAACAUUGGCACUAUUACACAUCUCUUAAGUUUUUGUUUUUUGAUCCUAUUUGUAUUUGUUUUCUGUUGAAUGCAAUUUAAGGAAAAUUAUUUUUUAAAGACUAAGCAACCAACUGAAAGCAUUUCCUAUUCAAAUGCCCAAAUCCUACUAUAUACCAAGCUGAGCUGGAAACAGUGUUUUUACAGACACGUUAAAAGACAUUAGCUGUUAUGUUUUAAUGUUUGUUUUUGAUGUUAUGUAUCAAUUUAAAUUAAGUCUGUCUUUAUUAGCACUCCUUUUCAGGAUGUUUUUCAUUUAUUUCAGGUGUUACCAAAAGGAGAGAAAAUUAAUUUAAAGUGGAAAAGAACAAGAUAAUAAAGAUUCAGAUGCCGUC